GUCGCGCUUUGCAUGGCGGGUUUCUGACACUUGCGUUACGUAGCGUAAACCAGUAAAGUAAUACUGCUGACUUUAGUGCUUGGAUCAUGCAAAGUUGGAAAUGCUGUUCUUUUGUUGUAGGAGAAUUAUGUUGGUUUUGGUUUGAAACGUUUCAGUCCUAGCUACUACUCCACCCAUAAAUACAUGUCUUCCGUCAUAUUACUUCUCUAAUUGAAAUAUUUGUUUGUGGGCGAAAGUAUUUAUGUAACUAAGUCUAUUGGGUUUCAACGUUUUAGGUAAAAAAGAGGAUGGUUCAUAAUCCGACUGAUGAUAUUGAUUUAAAAGUGUCAACACUUGAUCCAGAUAUACAAAUUGGAGAAGUGUAUAAAGUUUUACGAUCUACUGGUCAAUACUAUCCUGCCGCUGUAAUUGAAGGUCGUAUAGAUGGUAAUGGGAAUAAAGAAUAUUAUGUUCAUUAUUGCAAUCACGACCGUAGAUUAGAUGAAUGGGUUACAUCUGAACGAAUUGACUGUUCUGCAAAGCUUAAAAUUCCAUGCGAGUCGUCUCUUAAUCAGUUAACAGAUUCUGCUGGGUGUGAUGUCCGAUUCACCAGAAAUCAGAAACGCAAGUUGGAAGAAACUUCCAAAGUUCUUCAAGAAAGUGACUCUUUAGACUCUACUACGCAAAAAUUGGAGCUUGAAUAUCAAGAAUUUACUCGAGUGAAAUUUAUUGAUCAGAUACAAUUUGGCAAGUACGAAAUUGACACAUGGUAUUUUUCACCUUAUCCCGAAGAAUUUAGACAAGUGAAAAAGUUAUGGAUAUGUGAAUAUUGUUUAAAAUAUAUGAAGUAUUCAGAAACAUGGUUAAACCAUAUAAAAUAUGAUUGUAAAGCAAAACGACCUCCUGGUAAAGAAAUAUACAAUCAUGGAAAUCUAUGCGUUUUUGAAUUAGAUGGCAAUGUACAAAAGCUUUACUGUCAAAAUCUAUGUCUGUUGGCCAAAUUGUUUCUAGAUCAUAAAACACUUUAUUAUAAUGUUUCACCAUUUAUAUUCUAUGUUCUAUGUGAGAUAGACAAUGAUGGAGUACAUCUUGUUGGUUAUUUUUCCAAGGAAAAAGUAUCUGCUGAUAAUUAUAAUCUUGCAUGUAUCUUAACUUUACCACCAUUUCAACGUCGUGGAUAUGGUCAUUUCUUAAUUAGUCUCAGUUAUGAAUUAGCUAAAAUUGAACAAAUUGUUGGUACACCAGAGAAACCUCUCUCCGAUUUAGGUCGUUUAAGUUAUCGUAGUUAUUGGGAAAAGGUAAUAUUGAAUUUUCUAUUAGAAAAUCCUAAUUGUACAAUGAAUGAAUUAAGUACAAAAACAUGUAUUGCCAUUGAUGAUAUUAUUUGGACAUUACAAUAUCAUCCAAUUAUUAAUAAUUGGCAACAUGGUCAUCAGAUAUGCCUACAUCGUGAUACUAUACAACAAUAUUUGAAUCAACUAAAUGAUGAACAUUCUAUGAAAGCCUUUCGUACAGAUGGUAAAGAACAACGGAAAAAUCGUAAAUUGAUGCAUAAAAACUCUUUUAUAUUGGAUAUCAAUCGAUUGAAAUGGGAUCCACCAAUUAAAUCAUCACAGAAUAACAAAGAAAGUCAAAUGUAAUUAAUGCUGUUACUUAUUUUUUUUGUGUGUGUACAAAUUCAGUGACUACUGUUAUUAUCAUUGUCAGUAGUAAUGAGAUUCUCUUUAAACUUUUAUUUUGUUUUUAUAAUCAACUAUAUUUUUUUUUGAUUUAUUUAAUUGUGCUAUUAUUAAUUAGUGCAUGAAGUUGAUCUCCCUCAACAUUUCGAUGUAAAUACAAGUUGUUUUUUUAAAGAAAUUAAAAUUAAAUGUGCAUUUAUCGUCCAUCUAAAAAUUUUGCUUUGAUGUUUAUUAGUUCUAUGUAAGAGUUUUCAAGAUGCAUCGAAUGUGUGGACAGUUGUGUAAUUGUUGAAAUUAUUUUAGAAUUAUUUGCUUACGAAAUAUAUUGAGGUAAAAGACAUUUUAAAAA